AUGGUUAGUUUUUCGAUGUUUUCGUCAUCUAACAGGGCACCUCCUACCACGGAGGCGAUCUAUAGAUCAGCGCCUAUGACGUUGGUGCAAUUUUAUAUGACAUUGGAAUUGGCAAGAGACGUGAUAUACGUCCUAGGAAAUCUCGGGGAUGUCCACUUUAGGGACUUGAAUUCCAAAUUGACACCUUUCCAGAGAACAUUUGUAAGUGACUUGAGGAAAAUAGACUCGGUGGAGAGCCAGUUGGAUUUCUUAUAUGAAACUAUGGAGACUUACAACACUUUGAAAGUUGACCCAUAUCUGCAAUUCGAGUCAAGCUCACAAAGUUUCCCCUCGAUAUCGGAAAUCGAUGACAUAAAGGUGAAGAUUCAGGAGAUCUAUAAUAGAAUUCACCACUUGCAUUCAUCGUACCAAACGUUGGAGCAAAGAAAGGAUAGCUUAAUUGAAAAUAGAUACGUUUUGAACGAAGUGGUCAAGUUUCACACCUCACUGAGAGGUGGGCUAGAAUCCCAUACCGUUUUCGAUGUUGGCAACCAUGAGGAUGAAGACGGGGUUGCGUUGCUCAAUGGCAGGAACGAGAGCCUUGAAUUGGGAAGGGGCAGUGGAAACGACCACAGUUUUGAUAUAGCUUCAGUGGAAGUUGACUUUGAGGAAUCUAAUUUCAAUUCGAUAUCUGGAACCAUAGUCAGUGACAAAAUUCCUUUGCUAAGGAAGAUCUUAUGGAGAACCUUGAGAGGUAACUUAUUUUUCCAUGAUAUCCCUAUUGACCUUAAGAGUGACGAUGAAGAAGCAGAAAAGAAAAGUAUUUUUAUCAUUUUCAUUCACGGUGAAUUUCUUCAAUUAAGAGUUAGAAGAAUCGUUCAGUCCUUAGAUGGGCUCAUUUAUGAUAAUGUAAACGGAUCCAACUCAUUGAGGUGUGAGACUCUCGCUCAAUUGAAUCUCCAGAUCCAAGACUUAGACACUGUUGUCGAAAACACUCGAAAUCAUUUGAUUAGUGAAUUAAUGAUCUUCCAAGAUGCAUUUCCAAGUUACUAUUAUAGCAUAAAAAGAGAAAAAUUGAUAUAUCAAACAUUAAAUAAGUUUGAUAUGGAUAGUACAAGGAGAUGCCUUGUAGGUGAAGGGUGGAUUCCUAAGCUGGAAUUGGGGAAAAUUAGACAAAUCUUGAAAAAUUUGAUUAGACAGAAAACUAAUGUAGCGCAGGGCGAAUCCGAACCAUUAUCUGGUUCUGGAGAUGGUGGUUUGAGUCCAGAAUCAACAGGUAGUGUCCCGGUCAGUGUUGGGGUUACCUCUGCUUCUAUUUUCCAGUUACAUGCUGAUGAUGACGAUAAUAAUUUUGAUAUUCAAGACGAAGAAAACGAUGUUGAUUCUUCGCUCAUUGCUAUUGUGAAUGAACUAUCAACUAAUAGAACGCCUCCAACUUUCCAUCGUACAAAUAAAUUCACUGAAGCGUUCCAACUGAUCAUUGAUGCUUAUGGUAUAGCAACUUAUCAAGAAAUUAAUCCUGGUUUAGCUACGAUCAUUACCUUCCCAUUCAUGUUUGCCAUUAUGUUUGGUGAUGUUGGGCAUGGUUUUAUCGUCUUCGUGAUUAGUUUAUAUUUGAUCAAAAACGAAUAUAAAUUUAACAUGAUGAGAAAUAAAGAUGAAAUCUUCGAAAUGGCCUUCAGUGGGAGGUAUAUUGUCUUAUUAAUGGGUUUGUUUUCAAUGUAUACUGGUUUCAUAUAUAACGAUAUUUUUUCAAAAUCGAUGAGUUUGUUUAAAUCUGGCUGGGAAUGGGAUUUCCCUGAUGAUUACAAAACAGGCAUGCAGCUCAUCGCCAAAAGAAUUCCUGGUAAGACCUACUGGUUUGGGUUAGAUUGGGCUUGGCAUGGGACUGACAACAAUCUAUUGUUUACGAAUUCCUACAAGAUGAAACUUUCUAUUAUAAUGGGCUACAUACAUAUGAACUAUUCGUUAUUUUACAGUUUAGUUAACUAUAGAUUUUUCAAAUCGAGAGUUGACAUCAUUGGAAAUUUCAUUCCUGGAUUUUUAUUUAUGCAAAGUAUUUUUGGGUAUUUAACAUUGACCAUUUUAUAUAAAUGGAGUGUGGAUUGGUUUGGUAUAGAGAAACAACCACCAGGAUUAUUAAAUAUGUUAAUCAACAUGUUUUUAUCUCCAGGAAAGAUUGAAGAUCAAUUAUAUCCAGGUCAGAAAUUUAUACAAAUUGUCCUUGUGUUGAUUGCAUUAUGUUGUGUUCCAUGGUUACUUAUCUACAAACCAUUGGUGCUUAAAAAAGAAAAUGAUAGAGCCAUUGGAUUAGGUUAUAGUGACUUAAAUUCCCAGAAGAAUCAUGCUGUGCAACUACAGGAAGAAGAAGAAGCAUUGACAAAUUUAAUAAACUCAGAGAAUAACAAUGAUCCAGAUCAUGACGAAAUUGACAUGUUAGACGAUAACUUUAGAUUCCCAAAUGAUAUUGAACCAUUAAAUGUCAUUUCUCACGGUGACGGCCAUGAUGAGUUCAAUUUAGGGGAUAUCAUCAUUCAUCAAGUUAUUCAUACAAUUGAAUUUUGCUUGAACUGCGUUUCCCACACUGCAUCAUACUUAAGAUUAUGGGCUUUAUCAUUGGCCCAUGCACAAUUAUCUACAGUCUUAUGGACCAUGACUAUACAGAAUGCAUUUGGUGGUAAUGGAGGAGCAAUAGAUAUAAUCAAAAUGGUGUUUUUAUUUGGUCUUUGGUUUACCUUAUCCGUUUGUAUCUUGGUGUUCAUGGAAGGUACAUCUGCUAUGUUGCAUAGUUUAAGAUUACAUUGGGUUGAAGCCAUGUCUAAAUUCUUCAUGGGUGAAGGGUAUGCUUACGAACCAUUUACAUUUAGUGGCAUAGAUAUAUAA